CGUCUAGAGAGAGAGAGAGGAGGUUGAGAGAGAGAGAGAGAGAGAGAAAGAGAUACAGAGAUGGGUUUCUGAGCAUGUGCUGUAAUUUUAAUUUUGGGUUUUCAUGUCGAGGAAGAGGGUGACAAAGAAAUGGCCAUGUCUUGGUAAUGUAGGUCGUGGGUUUCAGUUUUAGAAAGAAAGAGAUAUUUGAGGCAUUUAUUCUGUGCGUUUUAUUUCUAAAGAGAGAAAGGAGAUGAGCUUUUUUCUACUGGUUUUCACUUCUAGAGGUGCUUUGCUUUAUUUCUAGAGAGAUAUAGAGAUAGAGAGAAAAAAGGCCUGUUUCGAUUUGGGGCCCCCGGAUUUGUGGGUUUGGAGAUAUCUUGCAAGGGAAAAUGGGAUGUUCAAACUCAAGAAUGGAGGAAGGAGAGGGCUUGAUGCUCUGUAAAGAGCGGAAGAGGUUCAUCAAGCAAGCAGUUGAUAGAAGGUACGCUCUAGCAAGCGUACAUGUCUGUUACUUACAGUCAAUGAGAAGCAUGGGAGUGGCUCUUCGAAGAUUUGCAGAAGCUGAAGUUUUAACGGAGCCUUCCAUCUCAGCCUCUGCAACUGAAAAGUCCCCAUCUCACUGUUCAUACCCGUCUCCUUCUCCAUCUCAACAUGCAGAGAUAACUGAUUCAGCAUUACACCAUGAAAGCCCUCUCUCUCCUCCAACCACUUUUUCCACUUUGAAUUACAUGAAAUCAGGGGUAAAUUCCUCGGUUACAUAUGAACAGAGGCCUCCUCGUAUAGAGAAAGUGGCAAUAAGUUCACCACCAAGAAGCCCCAUUUUUAGAGAGGAUCAGUCUGAGGAAGCUGAGCUAAAUGCUUCACCCGCUUCCCCGUCAAUGGCAUUCCUUAGGCCUCCUCCUCUUCCUAGAUUAGAUUCGUCCUGGGAUUUCUUCGACCCUUGGAAUUCAGAUACCCAAUUUGAUUUUAGUGGGGAGAAGAUCUUUAGCCUCAAUAGAAAAUUUGAUGAUUUGGAGAGUCCAAAGCGAGCUAGACAAGAUGGAAGAGAAACCCAUUUAGAGGGAGUGGACAGAGAGAUUUUGAAAGGGAAAGAUGGAGUUUCUAUUGGUUCUUCAGGUCGUGGAUUUUGUGAAGAUUCGAUUAGUCCCGUUUCUUAUAAGCAACGAAUCAUGUUAUCGAAUGCACAUUCAUUUGCAGGAUUUCCUUCUGAACGAUUUGUAGAUGAAGAGGGUUCUUCUCAGUAUGAAGAGAGAGAAAGUGGAGGGGCAAAAACCCCUGAUACUGAUUUAGAGGGGGAGAAUGAGGGUUUAGCAAGGGUUACACCCUGUGAACUUGGGGGUUCAAAGAGAGAGAAUAGAGUGGCUGAAAAAGAGGCAAGCCCUCUAAAAGAAGAUGCUGCUGCAUAUAUUACUCAUAGGGCCAAGGACUUCUUGUCGAGUGUGAAGGACAUUGAGAAUCGUUUCUUCAGAGCCUCUGAAUCAGGGAAGGAAGUCUCAAGGAUGCUUGAGGCCAAUAAGAUCAGACCCACCUCCACUGAUAUGAAAGGAACAUCACAUGCAUCGAUGCUUCUCUCUGCCUGCUGUUUUGUUUGUUUCACGGGGCAGAGUCAGACAGCCCUUGCUCCUCAAGAUCCUCCUCAACUGGUUCCAAAGGUUAUAACUUGGAAUAGGUCCACAUCAUCACGUUCUUCAUCUUCUAAAAAUCCUCUUGCUUCUGCGUCGAAAGACGACAUGGAUGAUAGUAGCAGUGAUUUUGUUGAUGAUUUCUGCAUGAUUUCGGGCAGCCACUCCUCCACUUUAGACAGAUUGUAUGCAUGGGAGAGAAAACUUUAUGAUGAAGUCAAGGCUAGUGAGAUUAUCAGGAAGGAUUACGAGAAAAAGUGUAAUCAGCUUAAACAUCAAUUUGCAAAGGAUAAACAUCAAUUUACAAAGGACCUAAAGCCUCUGCUAAUUGAUAAAACACGGGCUGUUGUUAAGGAUCUACAUUCAAGACUCAGAGUAGCCAUUCAUUCGGUUGACUCAAUAUCAAAGAGAAUUGAGAAACUGAGGGAUGAAGAAUUGCAACCCCAACUUCUAGAAUUGAUACAAGGAUUGAUCCGGAUGUGGAGAGCAAUGCUCGAGUGCCACCAUCUUCAACACAUUACCAUCUCCCUAGCCUACCACACCCGAAUCUCCGCAGUUGCAGCACGAACUGAGUCCCAAAAGCAGGCAUCAGCCUGCCUUGAAAAUGAGCUCAAUUCUCUAAGCUCAAGCUUCUCAGAUUGGGUAAAUGCUCAAAAAUCAUAUGUUGAGGCCCUCAAAGGCUGGCUCUUUCUAUGCAUAUUACCACCCCGAGAAAACUCAUCAAGUAGAAGAAGAAACCAAUAUCUCUUCUCACCUUGUCGAGAACUUGCUCCUCCUAUAUUUGCUCUUUGUCGAGAUUGGUUAUCUGCAUUUGAGACCCUACCGAUAGCAGAAGUCCCUAAUGCCAUUAAGAGCUUAGUGGCAGAAGUGCAACACCACCAGAAUAGAUUGCUCAAUGAUAGCACAGAGGGCAGUGAGGAGAAAGAAACAGAGAGUGAGAAAGUUCCGGAGCAAACACUUCAUUCUAAUUUGAAAGAUUUGCAAGCUGGCUUGACCCAAGUCUUUGAUUGCCUAAGAAAUUUUUCAGAAGCAUUGGUCAAGAUGUAUGAGGAUAUCAGCCAGAAGUGUGAGAGAGCUCGUGUUGCUUAUACUAGUGGGAGAAGAAGAGCAGCUUGUUGAGGUGAGGAAGAGGGGGCAAAUAUUGGAGGUGCAUACACUACUAUAUGAUUUUUUGGUUUUUUAAUCAGAAGCUGGUGAAAGGGUAGAAUAAAGUUCUAUUGUUCUAUGAUUUCUGGGUAGAAGUAGAUUCUUGAAUUUAAGACAGGUCCCAAAUUUUGGCGUCCAGAGCUUCUAACACCUUCUUAAAUUGUUGUAUAUUGGGAAUGAAUAAAGGCCUUUUGAUUAAAGGUGGCAUAUGGUUUUUCUUACUUUGCUGCCAAUAAAGGUUUCUUCAUUAUUUCUUUCAAUUUA